AUGGAUCGGAAUCUUGCGCGCGCCGUGAGGGAGAAGAGACCGGUCCCUGAGAUCGACUUCUCUCUGCAUCAGAUGGAGGAUGGCUCCCAAGUGUCCACAUUGGAACGGGUGGUGAAAGAGGUCCAAGCGCCGGCCUUGACUACCCCUCCCGAUGACAUGUUUUGGUCCCCCGACGACCCAUCCAAGCCCAACCUUUCCUAUCUGAAGCAGCACUUGUAUCGCGAAGGUCGUUUGACCGAGGAACAAGCGCUAUGGAUCAUCCAUGCCGGUACAGAGGUCCUGCGCUCGGAACCCAAUCUCUUGGAAAUGGAUGCUCCGAUUACCGUGUGCGGUGAUGUUCACGGUCAAUACUACGAUUUGAUGAAACUGUUCGAAGUUGGCGGAGACCCUUCGGAGACGAGAUACUUGUUCUUGGGCGACUAUGUUGACCGCGGUUAUUUCAGCAUUGAGUGCGUGCUUUACCUUUGGGCGUUGAAGAUCUGGUAUCCCGAUUCGCUCUGGUUAUUGCGAGGUAACCACGAAUGUCGCCAUCUCACGGAUUACUUCACCUUCAAGUUGGAGUGUAAACACAAGUACAGCGAACGGAUCUACGAGGCCUGCAUCGAGUCGUUCUGCUCUCUGCCGCUGGCGGCGGUCAUGAACAAGCAGUUCCUCUGCAUCCACGGUGGUCUUAGCCCCGAAUUACACACUCUCGAGGAUAUCAAAGCUAUUGAUCGAUUCAGGGAGCCUCCUACCCACGGUUUGAUGUGCGAUAUUCUUUGGGCCGAUCCCCUAGAAGAGUUUGGUCAAGAAAAGACUGGCGAUUUCUUCAUUCACAACAGUGUUCGCGGUUGCUCUUAUUUCUUCUCCUACCCCGCAGCUUGUGCGUUCUUGGAGAAAAAUAACUUGCUGUCGAUUAUCCGUGCCCACGAGGCUCAGGAUGCCGGAUAUCGCAUGUACAGGAAGACUCGCACGACCGGAUUCCCUAGUGUGAUGACUAUUUUCAGCGCUCCCAACUACCUCGAUGUAUACAACAACAAGGCUGCAGUGCUGAAGUAUGAAAACAACGUGAUGAAUAUUCGCCAGUUCAACUGCACACCGCACCCUUACUGGCUUCCCAACUUCAUGGAUGUUUUCACUUGGUCUCUUCCAUUCGUUGGUGAAAAGAUUACUGAUAUGUUGAUGGCAAUCCUCAACACUUGCUCAAAGGAAGAACUGGAAGAAGACGACACUCCUGUUUCAGAGACAAUCCCCGAGGCAGGACCCGCCUCUCCUCCUUUGCCAGUGGAUCCGGAAUCCAGCGAGUUCAAGCGACGUGCUAUCAAGAACAAGAUUCUUGCCAUUGGUCGUCUAUCUCGUGUCUUCCAGGUGCUGCGUGAGCAGUCUGAGAGUGUUACUGAAUUGAAGACGGCGGCUGGCGGCCGUCUUCCAGCUGGUACACUCAUGCUGGGUGCCGAGGGUAUCAAGCAGGCCAUUCACAACUUCGAGGAUGCCCGUAAGGUCGAUAUUCAGAACGAGCGACUACCUCCUAGCCAGGAGGAGGUUAUCAAAACCACCGAGGAGCACCGUCGCGCAGCUAUGGAGCGUGCCGAGCAGGAAGCUGCCAAUGACACAGGGCUGGCCACUGUUGCCCGCCGAAUCAGCAUGUCUGCUGGCUCUGGUCGCAAUCGUCGCCAACGCGACCCUCCCCCUCCAACCCGAGAGGCCUAG